AUGGUCCACUACCGCCGCAUGGUCGCGGAGGCGCUGGCCCUCCUCGAAGCCGACGCCGCGGUCGCGAACGCGCUGCCGAUAGAUCGCGUCGCGGAGGCGGCGGCGGACGCGGACGCGGAAGAAGCCGGCACCGCCGCCGGCGGCGAGGACGAUGAUUCGCGUCUUCACGCCGACGACGACGACGACGCGCGCCGUCGCCUGGAAUCCUUCGCCGGGUCCACGUCCCAGGAGGUCGGCGCGCGCGUCCGCGCGACGCGCGGCGCGGACGAGCCGUCGCUCAACGUCGACGACUGGUACGCGCGCGUGCGCGCGGCGCUGCGCGGCAUGGCGCGCGACGGACACGUAGAGAUGGUGACGUUCAAUCGCUGGCGGCUCGCGUGCGACGUCGCGAGCGUGACGUGGAUCGUGUCGCUGAAGUGGGACGGCCGCGGCGGCGCGGGGACGAUGCCGCUGGAGAUCAGCACCGCGUGCACGAACACGCGUCUGGAAGAGAUCGUGCGCCGGCGAACGCCGGGCGCGCUCGCGGGGCGCGUGGUUCGGUGUUUCAUGGACGUCACGAACGACGCCGAGAAUCACCCGAGCGGGGCGCCGAAGGGCGCGAGGGUCGCGUUCCACGACGCGCCGCCGGACACGCCGCUGAGCGCGCUCGGCGUGGACGACGGCGCGGAGAUCGAGAUCGACAUCGAGCAGAGGGUGGGCGUGGGCGGGGGAGGGGGAGCGACGCCGCUGCCGGGGCGAUCGGGGAGCGCGAUCGACGACGACGACGACGAAGACGAAGACGAAAACGAAGAAGACGAAGUCGCGGCGGCGGACGCCGACGACGCGGACGACGGCGACUCGGAGACGGAGAGCGACGACGACGAGGAGGAGGAGCUCGACCCGCACGAGAUCGUGGAGAGAGAAGCGGAGGGCGCGGGCGGGUGGAACGACAGCGGCGACGGGUGGGUCAACCUCACGCGCAGCGACGAAGACGACGAUUCCGAUUCCGAUUCCGACGACGAUUCCGACGUCGAAACGAUCCUCCGAAACCCGAAGAGCCAGACCGAGGCGGACGCCCUCCUCUCCCCGCCGCCGACGAUACGCCGCCCGCCCGACGCGACGGCGAUCGCGCCGUCGCCGUCGGUGCAAGACCUGACGCUCACGACGCCGGUAUCGCGCAAAGGCGAGUUCGCGGCGCUCGUGGACGAGGACCUGGACGAGGUCCGACGCGUGGAGAAGGAGAGCGACGAGAGCGACUCGGCGUUGAGCGCGUCGGAGGACGAUUACAACCGCGGCGGCGUCCGCGGCGGCUCUCUCCACGCGCAGAUCCGCGCGUUCGCUCGCGACGCCGCGCCGGACGCGGACGACGUCGAACGCCGCGCGGCGAUGUUCCGGAAGAUCGACGAGGGCGUCCGAGCCGCGUUCCCCGCGGCGCGCGUGCACGUCUUUGGAUCCGGCGCGACGGGUCUCGCGCUGAAAGGCGCGUCGCGGUCCCUCGCUUUCAAUCCCGACACACCUCGACGCCUUUCGACUCCAUCUGACGCACCCCUGAACUCCACCCCGACGUUCGUCGCUUCGCGCGGAUCCUCGACCCCGAAAGAGUCCGACAUCGACCUCGUCGUCACCGGCGUCGGGCCGACGACGGCGUCGAACGGCGGCGGCGGCUUCGCGCGCGCGGACCGCGAGGCCCUUGUCCGCGUCUUGCGCGCGAUCGAGCGGCAGUUGCGUAGGGAUAAGGUGAUUCACCGCGCGCAGGUGAUCUCCACCGCGAAGGUUCCGAUCAUCAAGAUGCACGCCGGGCGCAAUCCGCACACGGACGCGGCGUACGCCGUCGAUCUCUCAGGCGCGUUCUAUCUCACACUGGUCCCCAUACGACCGCGUCGGCGUGGUGAACGCCGUUCCUUAAGGACUUUUCCCGGCGCAUCUCUCCGCCCAGGGUCCCUCGCUUUCAAUCCCGACACACCGCGACGCCUUUCAACUCCGCUUCUGACGCCUUUCAAAUCCACCCCGACGUUCGCUCGUAUGGACCCUCGACCCUCAGUCGGCGCGGUAAACGGGUUGGACGCCGUGGCGUGGAUAAAGCGCCAGUGCGAGACGUUCCCCGCGCUGAGGCCGCUGGUGUUGACGCUGAAGCGGCUGCUGAAGACGCACGCGCUGGACGACGCGAGCACGGGCGGCUGUGGCGGGUACUUGCUCGUGUCGCUCGCGGUGUCGCAUUUACGACUCAGCGGCGACGCGGGGAAAGCUUCGCCGGGCAACUUGGGCGCGCUCUUACUCGGAUUUCUGCGACGGUUCGGGAACGAUUUCGACUACGCGCGGACCGCGGUCGCGGCGGGGAGAGCGUCCGGGGUGCUCAGCGCGAAGGAGCUCGUCGUGCAUCCCGGCGCGUUCGGACGGCGGCCGGUCAUCCUGUGCGAGGACCCGCAGGCGCGUCUUCUUCGCGUCUUCGCGUCUCCGCAAUUCUUUUUUCCUCAGCCAAAAAUAAAUUCUCGACCCGGCCCGGAGAGGAGGAGAAGCGCGCGGCUCUGCGACGACGUCGCGAUGAUAUAA